AUCGCCGGAGAUGCAGCCCAUUCCCGAUUGCCAGGCUGUACCUUCUUUGCUUUUGCCCGCCCAUAUCCAAAGGAAGUUUUACACAGAAUAAUCAAAGUAGAUAUCUACUCUGGCCCGUGGAGAGUCUGUCCCGUCGUCCACCCGCGGAGAAAGCCCAGUACGGGCAAUUGCCACAAUAUUGCCCGAGAUGUCACCUAUGUUCGUCUCUACUAAGAAAACCAGAAAAGUAGACCAUAUAAUAGAAAGUUCUGCUAGCAAAUAUUGUGCAGUUGACUUUGAGAUUUGACGUCGCUCGCCUCGCUGAAGGCUAAUAUCACAGUUCGGAAAAAUGCAUUUACCGAGCGGAGCAGGGGUGGAAUCGUCGACCCUUCCAGACAUUCCAAACAGCAUUUACAACGGCAACGGCUUCAACAUUGCUGGAGACGCCGUGCAUAGCGACGGAAACAUUGAAAUAUGCACUCCACGAAAGAAAAUCGUAAUUGUUGGGCUGGGCAUGGUUGCUCUCUCAUUUAUUGAGAAAAUUAUUAAAUUAGAUGCCAAAAAGCGACAGUAUGAUAUUGUCGUUAUUGGCGAAGAGCCCCAUGUGGCCUAUAAUCGAGUCGGGCUCACAUCAUUUUUCGAGCAUCGUGUGGUCGAGCAAUUAUAUUUGAACCCGAAAGAAUGGUAUGGGUCAUUCGAGGAUGGUUCUUUGAAUUAUCACCUGAAUACCAGGGUUGAAGAAGUCCUUCCCGACCAAAAGACGGUCAGAACAUCCACCGGUGAUUCGGUCUCAUACGACAUCUUAGUCCUAGCAACAGGAUCCGAUGCAAUCCUUCCAAGCCAUACUCCCGGCUAUAAUGCCAAUGGAGUAUUUGUUUACAGGACAAUCUCCGACCUUCAGAGGCUCAUGGAGUUUGCCUCGAGGCAUAAAGACACGACAGGUGUUGUUAUCGGAGGUGGUUUGCUCGGCCUCGAAGCUGCUCAUGCGAUGAUGAGUCUGAACGCAUUCAAAAGUGCGAAGUUAAUCGACCGCAACAAGUGGGUAUUGGCAAGGCAAUUGGAUGCUGACGCAGGAUCCCUGGUGACGGACACCAUUCGCCAACUAGGUCUGGAAGUUAUGCUUCGAAAGCGUGUAGCGACCAUCAAUACAGACAGCAGCAACAAUGUUCAGGGAAUCACAUUCGAGGAUGGCAAAUCUAUCGAUUGUUCAUGUAUAUGUUUUGCAAUCGGUGUAACUCCCAGAGAUGAUCUUGGUCAAAAGGCCGGCAUAAGAUGUACCGAACGAGGAGGCUUCAUUGUCGAUUCAGGCUUGCGAACAUCAAUCCCUGAUAUCUACGCCAUCGGAGAGUGUGCAUCUUGGGAGAACCAAACAUUCGGCAUUAUAGCCCCUGGAAUCGAGAUGGCAGACGUAUUAUCCUUCAACAUCACGAAUCCAGAAAAGGCGCUGAAAGGUUUCGAUCGACCUGACUUGAGCACAAAACUCAAGCUCUUAGGCGUGAACGUGGCGAGCUUCGGCGACUUCUUCGCCGACAGAGAUGGACCAAGGUUUCUUCCUGGAAGACGGUCAUCAAAGCUUAAACCCGUGGAAAAUGGCAGAAGAAGCCCAACUCCACCAACCAAGGGUCCCUUGGUGAAGGCUCUAACUUACAAAGAUCCAUUCAGUGCUGUGUAUAAGAAGUACCUUUUUACCAUGGAUGGAAAAUACUUACUUGGCGGAAUGAUGAUUGGAGAUACCAAUGAUUAUGUGAAAUUGAACCAGAUGGUCAAAAGUCAGAAAGAGCUGGAGGUUCCACCGAGCCAGUUUAUUCUCGGCACCCAGAACGGGGGAGAGGAGAACGCUGACGACUUGGACGAUGACACUCAGGUGUGCUCAUGCCACAACGUUACCAAACGCGACGUGGUUGAUAAAGUAAAGGAGGAGAGCUGCAAAACAAUCGCCGAUGUCAAAUCAUGCACAAAGGCGGGGACUGGAUGCGGUGGCUGUAUGCCUCUCAUCCAAUAUAUCUUCAACAACACAAUGAAAGAAAUGGGCAAGGAAGUUUCGAAUCAUUUAUGUUCUCACAUCCCAUACUCCCGAGCCGACCUCUACAAUAUUGUGUCCGUCAAGCAGUUGAAAACGUUUGUGGACAUAAUGCAGGCAGUAGGUAAAGUUCCAGAUUCUCUAGGAUGUGAGAUAUGCAAGCCAGCUAUCGGAUCUAUUCUCGCAAGCAUGUACAACCGUCAUGUUCUGGAUAAGCCAGUCCGUGACCUCCAAGAUACAAACGACAGGUUUCUUGCGAAUAUACAGAGGAAUGGAACAUUCUCCGUCGUCCCUCGCGUUGCGGGUGGAGAGAUUACGGCCGAUAGGUUAAUAACCAUUGGCCAAGUUGCAAAGAAAUACAACCUUUACUGCAAAAUCACUGGUGGGCAGCGAAUCGACAUGUUUGGUGCCAAGAAGCAAGAUCUUCUCGAUAUUUGGACCGAACUUAUCAAUGCUGGAAUGGAAAGCGGCCAUGCUUAUGCGAAAUCUCUCCGAACAGUAAAGAGCUGUGUAGGAACUACAUGGUGUCGGUUUGGAGUUGGUGACAGCGUUGGAAUGGCAAUUCGCCUUGAGCAGCGCUACAAAAGUAUUCGGUCGCCACAUAAAAUCAAGGGCGGAGUUUCGGGAUGUGUGAGAGAAUGUGCGGAAGCGCAGAAUAAGGAUUUUGGUUUGAUUGCCACAGAAAAGGGAUUCAACGUCUUUGUCGGCGGUAAUGGUGGGGCAAAGCCGCGGCACUCAGAGCUACUAGCAAAGGAUGUUCCACCUGAUGAAGUCAUUUCUCUUCUCGACCGUUAUCUUAUAUUCUACAUACGAACAGCCGAUAAACUACAACGCACCGCCCGGUGGAUUGAGAAUCUUCCAGGCGGGAUUGACUACCUCCGCGAGGUUGUUAUUAAUGACAAGCUUGGUAUAUGUGCGGAACUAGAGCGGCAAAUGGAAGAGCUAGUAAGCUCUUAUUUCUGCGAGUGGGCCGAAACUAUUAAGGAUCCGGAAAGACGCAAACACUUUGAGCAAUUCAGUAACACCCCAGAAACUGUGGAUACCGUCGAGAUCGUUGAAGAGCGUGGGCAACAGAGGCCGACGUACUGGCCACAAGGUUCUGUCACGGAGAAUUUCAAGGGGCACCAAUGGUCGCAUGUCUCUUGGCAGCCAAUUCUCAAGAGCGAUCACUUCUCUGAAGAAAAGCCAGAGAUAUCGUCUGCCAAUGCUAAACGUGGCGACACACAGCUCGCAAUCUUCAAGAUCAAGGGCAAAUACUACGCAACACAGCAAAUGUGUCCACACAAGCGCGCGUUCGUGCUCUCGGAUGGUUUCAUUGGCGACACUGAUGCCGGAACUUACUGGAUCUCUUGCCCAUUAUGUAAACGAAAUUUCGAGCUCAAUGGGGAACAAGCCGGGCGAUGCACAAGCGAUGAGACGACCAGCGUCGCAACCUUUCCAGUUGAGGAACGCUAUGAUGGCUGGGUAUACUUGAAGCUGCCGCCCGUUGAAGAGCUUGAUGCGUUGCUUGGGACGGAGAAGUGGAAGGUGAGGAGGGAAGAAGCAGUGGAUCCGUUUGAGAAAGUCGAUAGGGUCUAUAGGAGCUUCAGGGGAAAGAAGGUCACUGAUAUUAAGGUUGAAAUAAUAGGGAAGCGUGCUACGGCACCUAGUGGGAUUGACUGGUAGUUAACAACUUUGUACGCAUAUUUGGUGUUCUUGGUUCAUCUGCACUACAUUUUAUACCCUCACAUAUGUAUUACUUCCACACUCGGCAAUUGAGCAAAAUGGGCAUGGUUGUAUGAUAUAACGUGACUAGAUAGAACAAUGAGACAGAGGUAGGAGAGGCAAAAACCUCUCGAAAUAUCAACCCGUAGCAAUCCAAUCAGUAUGAAUC